AGGAAGUUGAGCAUAACCCUAAUGGAGCUCUCUCCGUCGUUCCCUCUAACAGCAGAUAACUUUCUGAUCUUGUUUGUGUUCUGAUGCUGUCAACGAACCGAUCUAGUUGAUUUGUGGUGAACUGUAAGAUCUAAUUGAUUAGUUGUCAACGUACCAUAAGAUCUUUUUGGAGUUCUGUUAGUUGAUUUGUGGUCAACGAACCGUAAGGUCGAAACUCGUUAAGCUUUUUGCAAAGAGAGAGGGCGUAGCCACCGUGAGAGCGCCUUACCAGUUACGCAAUCCGUCAGCGGCCGCCGGACCUUCGAAGAAUGUGCGUUAGUUUGACCUCAUUUUACAGCCAUCCAUCAGGAUUCAUGAUUGAGACGCAGAAGGAAAAAAUUUUUGCUUCUAUAGAAAUGAACACAUCAAGAGAAAGCUCAGAGGAAUUUGAUAAGGCCGGUUUAGACCUUUUCAAAGCAUCAACGAAAGCUGCUAAGGUCAUUUUAGACAAACAUGAAGGCAAUGAUGGAAAGUUGUCACUCCAAAUGGCAGAUUUUUGUGGACCCUUUGAUAUGUUGGCAAAUCUUCAGGGAAAGUCUGAAAGAAUGAAAGGCUCGACAGAAGAGAGUCGAGGUGGUGUGCUCUUGGCGUGUGUUGAAGCUGAGCUAUUCGAUGUGGCACAACAAAUUGUGAAGGAUUGUCCUGAACUUGCAGUGAGUGAACGCAUUAUCCUCAGAAUUCUUGCAAUUCUUGCUCGAAAACCUCAUGCAUUUGGGAAAAAAUAUAAUCCGAUUCAAAAAUACAUUUAUCAAUACGAUGCGAAUGAUGGGCAUGUUGAUGAGGGAAAUCAAGCAGUGCAGUUGCUUAGAACCAUUUUGCCAAAUAUUCCCAAACAUGAACUUGAUGACAUGCCAAGUGGUUCUUUGUAUCAGAUUAUGGAAGGAAUAUCUUCAUCCAGUGUCCUAUUUGUAGCUGCAGAAUUAGGCAACACAGUAUUUGUAAAUGAGCUAAUCCAUCAUUAUCCUCAACUAGUAGUAGAGUUAAAUGAUAAUAAGCAAAGUAUAUUUCACAUUGCUGUCUUAAAUCGUCAUCUUGGAAUCUACAACUUAUUGCAUGGCAUAGGCUCAAUCAAGGAUUCAAUAAUUAAUCUUGAAGACAAAAAUGGAAAUAAUUUGUUGCAUUUUGUUGGAAUCCGAAAGGAGCCGUUGAUGGAUAGUCAAUCACAGUACCUUCAAGGACCAGCUGUACAUAUGGAACGAGAACGACAAUGGUUCAAGAUGGUUUCAGAUAUGCUCCCUCCCUCACUUAGGGAAAAGAAGAAUAAAGCUGACCUAAGGCCACGUGAAUUGUUCACCAAGAAUCAUAAAGAGCUACUUUCCAAAGCUGUAGAUUCUGUGGAAAAGACAUCUCUUGAAUUAAUGGUGGUUGCAUCAGCUAUAGCCAUCAUAUCUUGUGUGAUUGAUAUUGCAUUUGUAGGCAGAUACGGAAAAGACACAGGCAAGAGUACGUUUAUGUUUCAUCAAAAGAACUGGUCCAUUAUAUGGAAUGACUUUAGCAUUCCUACACAAUUUCGUUCUGCUCUUCCAAGACAUCUCUCUGAAGAUCCCACCCCUUAUGCUAAUAACCUGUAUCGCGGUCUUUUAUCUAUUUCGCCAUCGCUUCAAUUAGUCACUCCCAGAUUCCUUAUCCAAACAACGGCUUCUCAUGUGGAUGGUAUUUCAUAUUGGGACCUGAAAUAUGCAUAUCUUUGA